GCUACCCUUUAUCUCUUUAUCCACACUGUUUGUGCCACCAAAAUUACGAAUGGCGGCUACUUUAGAAUCAGCCUUCAUCCUCUUCGCACCUCAACGGUUCUCCAAUAGCCAUCGUUUCUCUGCAAAAGCACCGAUCUCCAUCAAGCUCCAUGCUUCCACCUCCCUUUUCUUCUCUUCCAAGUCCUCCUUCAAAACGGGAAGACUCUGCUUCCAGUUAUGCUCCACUUUGCAAGAGGUAGCAGCAACAGAAGAAACACCUGAGCUAACGCAACCAACAGACAACGUAAAGAAGCUGUACGUGGUUAACUUAUCUUGGUCUCUGACGGCGGCAGACAUCAAUGACCUCUUUGCCCAAAGCGGAACCGUAACCGACGUCGAGAUAAUAAAGAGCAAAGACGGGAGGAGCAAGGGCUAUGCCUUCGUUACUAUGGCUUCCGGGGAAGAGGCUCAGGCUGCUGUUGAUAAAUUUGACUCUUAUGAAUUAUCAGGACGGAUAAUAAGGGUAGAACUUGCAAAGAGAUUCAAAAAACCUCCUUCUCCUCCACCUCCUCCAGGUCCCCGUCCUGGAGAGACACGUCAUGUAAUUUAUGCAUCCAACCUUGCAUGGAAAGCAAGAUCUACCCAUCUCAGACAACUCUUCGCUGAGAAUUUCAAAACACCAUCUUCAGCCAGGGUUGUCUUUGACAGCCCUUCUGGACGAUCUGCUGGGUACGGAUUUGUUUCUUUUCUUACCAAGGAGGAUGCAGAGGCUGCCAUUUCUACUGUGGAUGGGAAGGAGUUAAUGGGACGACCGCUUCGCCUAAAAUUCAGUGAAAAGAAAGAUAAAGCUGGAAGGGAAAAAGAUGAAGACCAAGAUAAAGAUGCUGGAAGUGAAGAAGAUGAAGACGAAGGUUCUGAUGCUCGACCGGAAGAAUCAUAAAUUUUAGAUACACAUUUACUGAUUUUUGGUCGUGGUAUGGGAUUGAGUGGAAACCUCUACGAGCUAGAAGUAUACCUCAUGUAUAAAGAACUAUGAUGGAUGGAUUUUUGCAUUCACAAUAUUUUUCACUAAGGUCGACUUUACUAUCCUUUAAAAUGUGGGUGAAAAUUUAAGAAAUUUUUUUUAUGUAAUUCUUAUAAAUCUCGUCUCUGAAUUUUUUCACUCCCAUUUUUAAGGGUGCUUAAGGGGUGAUAAAACUUAAAAAUCUUUGUCAAUUAAAACUUGCAAACCAUAUAUCUUGAGACUAAGCUCAAUUCAUUAUAUUGGAACCAUAGAUCUCUAUCUUGGCA